AGCACCUCCCCCCAACACGCUGCAGCUCCUGCCCCCGCUCCCGCUCCAACACAUCAGGGCACUCAUGCACCGCAGCACAGGAGGCCUCCGCACCCCACAUUCGCCCUCCCCGGCACCCGGGCGGCCCUGCCCACGCAGGGCACCCAGGCCUCAGGGACUCACCCACCCUCAGCAACCCCCUGCCAGGACCUAGUGCCCACCCAGCUGGCAGCCUCCCCCUGACGCUACAGUCACGGGUAGAAAGGUAAGAAAGGUUUGUUGACUGCACGCAAACACAACUAUGCGUAGUAACAGAACAAACAAUGACAGACAAGAACAAAUUGCGUCGGCUACUUAUCGGCACUCCCCUCCCACGGACGACAAGUUUCUCUUUCCGCAAAGCUCGGCAAAGUCGCGCGUCCCUGAUCAGCACCACCUGAGAGGCGACAGGAAGGACCCUGGCGUUCGGUCCUCGGGCUCCUCGAGAUCCACGGGCCCACCGAUCCAGGCCGAUGCCUAACUCAUCCUUUUGAUGGAGCCGUCUCUUCCUUCGCAACGCUGACCAGACGUUUUGGCCCAUUUCUAACUUCUGAGCCGGGCCGAUAAGCGACAACCACGCAGCCUCGUUUUACCUCGACUGUCCAUAGGCUGACUGAUAGCGGCAGGGGCCUUGCAUGCCUUUGCUACGGUUAACUGUACCUACGCCGCGGGGCCUGGCUACUUCCGGCCUUUGCUACGUUUACUGGGCCUGACUUUAUACGAGACCCCACUACAGCUUACCUUGUAAUUAGGCUCUUAGCAACACUGUCUAGCGUCACAUCUCAGCAAACAACAGGAAAACACUCGGUCCCCUCUUCCCAGAGCCUGCAGCAAGCACCUUGAUCGCACAGACAGCCUUUCAGCUGUCACACCCCCCGUGUCCCCAGCGCCACAGGGCAGCAGGCCAGACCCAGGGACAAAGGUCCCCGGCAACCGGCUGCCUGGAAAGAGCUCUCCUGACUCGGUGCAGACCCCACAAGCCCACCACCCCCGACAGCCCACGCCAGCCCUUUGGCCCCCGUGCCUCUCCCGUGCCCACCCAUGGACCCUGCCAACGAGACAGAGCCGCCCCCGCCACCUUUCGCCCUGGACAAGUUCCACAUCUCCCAGGAAUACGGCUUUCUGCUCCCCGAUCCACAGACAGAGCUGCCCGCUCCUUAUGGACCCUGGAUGGACCUUGCCCGCAGCUUGCCUCACCUCAUCGCCACCCGGCAGCUCCGCGCCCACGUGCACCAGGUGCCGCCUCUCUCCCGCCACCCACGGCAGAGGCCGCAACAUCCUGCCAGCUUCUGGCACGCGUGGCCAUGGAGCCAGGCACUCGCGCCCUUCCCACUUGCCUCCCACCAGACCUCUCCCACAGGCCGCCCAGGGCCGCCGCCUCUCCCCCGGCUGCCCAGCCCAGCGAGCCCGCGCAGUGCAAGUCCAGGUCGCUCUCCCGGCAGGAGCCACAUCACCCCUGGCACUCCUGCCAACGGCCAACAACCUUCGCCGUGGCUCUGGCGAGAGUGGCCCAGGCGCUCCCGCACCUUCAGCUGGCAGACACCAACAUGCAGGCAUACCUGGCACCUCUCCCCCCAAUGCCACGGCCCGCAGCACCCCAGGGAACACCAGCCAGGUCUCUGUUUGGCCCUCUUGGCCAUCACGGCCGGGGGAUGCUUUGACCAGCCACUCUUUAGCAGGCGCCGCAGCUCAGCACCGCACAGCUCCACGGGCACCGUGACCUGCGCCUGGCCCGCCUGGUGCUCAGCUUCAUCACGGCAGGCUACGUGUGGCAGGAUGGCGAGGAGGGCCCGGCCAAGGUGCUGCCACAAAACCUUGCCGUGCCCUACUGGGAAGUCUCGCAGCGCCUCGGCCUCCCGCCGAUCCUCCUGCACGCCGACCUCGUGCUCGCCAACUGGAGGCGAAGGGAUCGGGCCGGGUAAGGCCCCUGGAGCUCGGGAACCUGGACCCCAUCGUGUGGCUGCCGGGAGGAGAGAGCCUGAGGGGCUUCGUUCUCGUCACCAUGCUGGUGGAGAAGGCAGCCGUGCCUGGGCUGCAGAGGGGAAGGGCAGGGGGAAGAGUCAGUCGGCAGCCCUGUCGGCCCCCCGCCGUCACGCAGAGCCUAGGAGCCAUCGCAGACAACGAGGGCCAGCAGAGACUUUGUGUAGCCAGGCAGUACAAACCGCCCAGGCCAUCGCGGAGGCGGCCCCUGCCAUCUGGCAGCCCGACAGGGAGACCCUGCUGCGAGCCCUGGCACAGCUGGCGACAGCCCUCGGGGCUAUGACCGAGGCCUUGAGGCUGAUGCACGAUCACGUGGAUCCAGACACCUUCUACACCACAAUCCGCCUCUUCCUCUCUGGGUGGCGGGAUAACCCCGCAAUGCAGGCAGGGCUACUCUACAAAGGUGUGUCGAAGCUGCCGCAGGAGUACUCAGGAGGCAGCGCGGCCCAGAGCACCGUGCUCCACGCUUUUGACGCCUUCCUGGGCAUCCGGCACCACGAGGAGAGCUCGGCCUUCCUGCGCCGGAUGCGCGACUACAUGCCCCCCUGCCACAGGGCCUUUGUGGAAGCGAUCCAGGCCUUCCCUCCCUUGCGGGACCUGGUCCUCUCCUCUGGGAACGAGGUGCUGUGCUGCGCGUACAAUGGGUGCGUGACCGCGCUGGCUGCCUUCCGCACGCACCACAUCGCCGUCGCGACCAGGUACGUCGUCACGGCCGCCGCCAAGACAAGCCGAGGCAGCCUCCCGCGGCUGGCUUCUCCCUCCGGGCCGGAGCAGCGGGGCACCGGCGGGUCCCCCGUCCUCCGCUUCCUCAAAAGCGUCAGGGAUGCCACCCGUGAAGCCCUGCUCCACGUUUAGACAUUUCUCUCGGACAACACGUCACGCGUAAUAAAGCACUCACGCUGCA